AUGUCGGACGAAGAAGCUGAACAUGAAGAGGCUGAAGAAAUGGAAAAUGAAACGAAAUCAGAGGGUGAGGGUGAAGAAGAAGAAAAAUUGGAACAUGGAGAAGAAGAAGCACAAGAAGAAGCCCGUGACGAAGUUCCCCUAACAGACGAAAUCAUCGCUCAAUCCCUUUCAUUACUAGCCAAAACGGGGAAUGGGUUAGCACACGCGUAUACUCGGUUCGAAGCAACUAAUCGAAAUCUAACGGAUAUCACUCGUCUUGAACCAUUUGUUCAUUUACGUUUCAUCGAUCUAUCGAACAAUGGCCUUCGCACGGUUGCUUCGUUAAGUCGUUUGAAAUUUCUCUUAACAUUAAAAUUAGAUUCGAAUGAAUUAUCAAUGUUCGAUUUACCACCCUUUCCUUACUUACAAACACUUCGCUUAAGUGACAAUCGCAUCAAAUCUGUGAAAGGCAUUGAACAACCACGAUUAGAAAUACUUAAUCUGAAUCAGAAUCAAAUCGACAGUUGUGAAGGCUUGGAACAAAGUAAACUACCGAAUUUAAUGACGCUCGAAAUGCGUCAGAAUCGUCUGACAACAACCAAGGGAAUAGCAUUAUUGAACUUAAAAAAUCUAUUUCUGGCUGCGAAUGAAAUCACCAAACUGGAAGAUUUACAAGAUUUAAGUCGAUUGACAACACUGCAUUUACGUGACAAUAAAGUAGGAACAUUGGAUGGUUUUAGUGAAAACAUGAAGCAAUUGCAAUAUGUCAAUUUACGUGCGAAUGAAGUCACUGAUCCUGAAGAAUUGAAGAAAUUGGCUGUGUUGCCAAUGUUAAGAGCACUUGUUCUGUUAGAAACACCUCUAUCAGAAACGGAUUCCUAUCGAACGGAAGUUUUAGUUGCGCUCGAGAAACUUGAACGACUGGAUAAAGAUCAAUUCGAUGAAGAUGAGCGAGCCGAAGCAGAUGACGAACGAAAACGUCGUGCUGACGAAGCUCAAGAAGCACAGGAAGCAGCCACGGACGAUGGUUCGAAACAGGAGGAAGCUGCUGACAAAGAAUGA